CCGAACAUACCGUUAACCAUUUCGUAGCGGAAGCGGGACCAAUAAAACCCUUGCCUCCGCCGAACUACGGUGCGGCGGUCCCGGGAUGGCGGCGCCGGCAGAACCCGGUGGAAUCGAGGGCUACCUCGGCCUCCGCGACGUGCGGGUCGAGCUGGACCUGGGUAAGGCCCGAGGCGGGGGAGAAGGAGGCGAGGGCGCGGGGGGAGGAUUCGCCGUCUGCUUCUGGCUCUACCUCUCCGGCUCCGCGAGGCCUUCCCCGGUUAUCCUUCACCAGAUAACUGCAGGAGAUGGCAAUAAGUUGCCAUUUCUUGCUUUAAGUGAAGGAAAUAAGCUGCUUCUCUUCCCAUUGCUGAGUUUGCACAAGCAAGCUCCUAGUUCCUCUAAUUCCUCUCCAUGGACUGACACGACCUAUAUAUCGGCUGUAAAUGAAUGCCCUCUUGAGCACUGGAUACACAUUGGAUGCGAGGUUACUGAAAAUGUUAUGCGCCUUCACAUUGAUGGCGAUCUAGUUGCCGAGGCUCAUCUUUGUUCACUAUCUAGCCAGCUAGACAAUCAAGAUGAUGCAUACCAAGUUUGCUUACUUGGAAACAAUGGCAAGGUCGACGGCUAUGUCUACAAUGUCCAAGUGCUAUCUAUGCUAGGAGCCAUACAGGAGCAAUACACAGAGAAUCCACCGUCUAAGCUAUCUAUUGACUACUCGUGCUGCGACGGAAUUGAGGAAGGCGAUGAUGGCAUUUGGUGCAUUGUCGGUGGGAAGGCUUCUUGUCGGAGGAACUUCAUGUUGGAAGUAGUACUAACGAACGCUUUUGGUGAACAUAUGAACAAGGAUACACAGAUUGUUGCUUCACUUGUCUAUGCUGACAAUGGAGCAUUAGUCGAGAAAUCAAGGGAUGAUGCAGAACCUCCCCUACUGAUUGCUUGCGAAGGACUUGAAUACCCAGCUGAAAGCAGGCCUCUUCCAAUUCUUCGUGGGCGUGCACUAUUUAAGCUCAAGAUAUCUCAGCUCUCUUCUAAAUGUGACAAUAAGCUGUUCCGCGUUUAUUUCUCAACACUUCACACACGCAAAUAUCCUUUUCUGGAGGCAUCUUCCAAGCCAAUUCGCUGUAUAUCCCGAGGCCGCCCCAGCCGUCCAUUGAGUGCUGCAAAGCGGACAAGUUCUGCAACAGUCGAUGAAAUUCAUUUGUUUAACAAUGGACAAGGUCUUGAUCGUGAUGGCAAAGCAAAUUCUUGCUCACUGUCUCAUGAUCAAAGUUCAGUGGCGUGUUUGCAUCCAUCCAAGUUUCUCAAGGUAGAAGGCGAUGGAACAGAGACUCACAAAAUGGUAUCCCAGUUAAUGGUUUGUUUGCAGAGUAAGCAGGCUAGAAAGAUGGUAGUGGAAGCACAAAGUGUCAGAACUGAAUCUACGAUGUCAGACUCCGACAGCAUUGAUGCGAGAAGUUCUUGGAGUGGAUCAGAUAAGGAUGAAGCUGAAACUCUUUCAGAUGCUAUGAUCUUCAGAUAUUGUCUAGAAGGAACGUAUGAGCGGUCAACAUUUCUUAAAAGUGCAGCUUCUUCCAUCAAUGUGGACGAUUUGAUCACACUUGCAAAUGAGGUCUCUUUGUAUAGUGGAUGCUCCCAUCACAGAAACCAAAUAUUAAUUUCAAAGCAAUUGCUUGAAGAGGGUGCUGUAACUUGGAGCAUAAUCUCAAAGAACAAGGAGCGUGCUCUUUGGUCAUCUGCAGUUCCUGAAAUCAUGUCAAAAUUUAUGGACAUCGCGCAUUCUACGAACAGAGGUUUGUCAGAACAGGAUCUGGAGGUUUUAAAAGGAAUUGCUGGCUGUGGGGCUGAUCUUGGAAGGAACGAAUUUGAUAGGCUAUGGUAUUGGCUAUACCCAGUGGCCGUUUCUCUGUCGAAAGAUAAAAUCAACAGCCUAUGGGGUUGCACUGCACCUGCGUGGAUAGAGGGAUUGAUUACAACAGAGGAAGCCGAGAAUGCGCUAAGAAGCUCCAGGGAACUGCUCAAGAAGCCGGGAACAUUCGUUCUCAGAUUCCCUACCACACGAAGCUGGCCACAUCCAGAUGCUGGAAGCCUCGUUGUCACCUAUGUUGGCUCCGAUAACUCAAUUCACCACAGACUUCUCUCCCUGGAUGUCAGCGAUGCUAGGGCUGGGAGUCUACAAGAUUUGCUGCUGCAGGAGCCUGAACUACUCCAGUUAGGCAGGGUUGAUCGCCUACCGACUGCCAUGAAAUAUUAAUGCAGUGUGCUAUAAGAGGCAAUGCAGCAAACUGAAGUUCAUCACAAGCCAGAGAAGAUGAAGAGUUCAUGGCAUGCUUCCCAAAGGCAGCCAUGGGAGUAGUUAGUCGAUUUUCUGAUAGGCUGUUGCCCUGUAUAAUUUUGUAAACCAAGCGAUUUACUUAGCAGAAAUAGAUGACCCUAGUGUACAAUUAGACAUUACGCUAGUCAAACCAGACGGUCCAGUUUGUUCAGUUCGUGUAUAUAAACUGAAAUUUUGGAAUGCAGAUUUUCCUUUUUGCAAGUAGUUUCUUGCACAUCCCA